AUGGGCGAAUCAUUCCCAGUGGCCAAACAAAAGGAAUCCACUGUUUGGGCUGGCACAAUCAAUUUGAAUGGUUAUGUUAGUGUUGAAACCACAGCUCAAGCUGAAGAGUGUGUGGUGGCUAGAAUGGCAAAGCUAGCAGAAGAUGCUCAAAACAACAAAUCGAACACUCAAAGAUACAUACACAAAUGCACCAAGUACUAUACACCAGCCAUUAUGGCUAUAUCAGCUUCUUUGGCAGUUGUUCCUGCGGCACUAAAAGUUCACAAUCGCAAUGAAUGGUAUCACUUAGCCCUGGUUGUUCUAGUAAGUGCAUGUCCAUGGGCACUUAUUCUCUCUACACCGGUUGCCACAUUUUGUGCACUUUCAAAGGCAGCAACAUCAGGUCUUCUGAUCAAAGGAGCAGAGUAUCUUGAAACUUUGGCUAAGAUAAAAAUCAUGGCUUUUGACAAAACUGGGACAAUAACUAAAGGAGAAUUCAUAGUGGAAGAUUUUCAAUCUUUCUUGGACAAUGGUUGCAAGCAUUGA